CAGAAGCCCCUCGCGACGAAACCAUCACAGACCUCGCCUUACACAACCACCGACCGCUCUUCCCUUCGCCCCCGAUCCGUCAUGGACAACCCAGAAUUACAAGCGCACCUGGCCGCUCUCGAUGCCGAACUCGAUGAGGGCGAUAUUACGCAGAAAGGAUACGAGAAACGCCGCACACUCUUGCUCUCGCAGUUCGGCGUCAACGUCGGCUCCGGCAGCAUCACCUCCUCCAAUCCAUCGCAUCACUCGUUGCAACAAUGGCGAUACAGCGACGGAUCUUAUCAAGGAAUGGAUUCGUCUUCGGUUGGUGGUGGGAGCCGGACAUCUCUUGUGAUGGGUGGAGCGCCGCAGCCGGACCGGAGUAGAGGCGGGGGAGAAUAUGAGUCGGCUCCGGCCGGCACGAGAUCAAGUUACUUACAGAGCGCGGCACCACCGCACAUGAGGAGCAGCUCGAAUAGCAGUUCGAGGUUAUCGCCGCAUUCACCGCAUCAUACCCGCGACGAUUCGAUGACGUUGCCGACUCAAGGCACUCACAUCCGGAACUACAGCUCUGCAUCGUCCAAUCCGUCGGUCCAACAACAGCAGAGCUAUGCGUACACGCCGCCGCAUAACCACAUGCAACUACCACCACAGAUCGAAUAUGAGCAGUACGAUGAAGGUCAGACACCAAUGCAAGACCAGCCGGGAAUGUCGGAUUCGAGGACGAAUACACUAUUUGACGCGGGGGGCUACUUCUCGGACUUUACUGCCCAGGUCUACGAGCCGGGGAAAGACCUAAACCAGAAUCGACCUCUGGAGAAUGACUACAACCAGCCUAUGAUGCACCGCUAUCCGGAGAACGCCGGAUUCUCCCCCACUGCUGCUGUUCCUCCGCCGAUGCUCAACACCAACGAUAUGCCGCCGCCAAGCGCCAUCAACACCUUGAUGCCGCUAGAACCACGGGAUGUGCCAUUCGCGGUCGAUGACCCCCACAACAGGAAUAUUCCAAUGUCAAAAUUCGACAAUAUAGCCACCGUACUGCGGCAUCGGGCUCGAUCAAUACCGAAACAGCAAGCAUAUGUCAUCCUGGAUACCAAAGGCAAGGAAGUCGCCGCCAUCUCCUGGGAGAAACUGGGAUCACGCGCAGAAAAAGUGGCGCAAGUGAUACGGGAGAAAUCAGGCCUAUAUCGAGGGGACCGCGUGGCGUUGGUUUACCGUGAUGUGGAACUCAUAGAUUUUGCUGUCGCGUUGCUUGGCUGUUUCAUUGCUGGUGUGGUCGCUGUUCCUAUCAAUAACAUGGAAGAUUAUCCCAAACUCAACUUCAUCUUGACAUCGACGCAGGCGCAUCUAGCGCUCACCACGGACAGCAACCUGAAGGCAUUCCAGCGCGAGCUAACGACUCUGAAGCUAGCCUGGCCAAGGGGCGUUGAGUGGUGGAAGACAAACGAGUUUGGCUCCUUUCACGCCAAGAAGGGCGAGGAAGUCCCGCCAUUGCAGGUUCCAGAUUUAGCCUACAUAGAGUUCUGGCGGGCACCUACUGGCGACCUACGAGGUGUUGUACUGAGUCACAGGACGAUAAUGCACCAGAUGGGAACGCUCAGCGCGAUCAUAAACACUGCGCCAAGCAACAGUCGAGACACAUUUGACACGAGCCUCCGUGACAAGACUGGACGGCCAGUCGCAGGCGGGCCUGCCGGAGAGACGCUGGUUUCGUAUCUCGACCCCCGACAGGGCAUUGGACUGAUCCACUCGGUCCUCAUGACCGUAUACGGCGGACAAACGACGGUGUGGUGCUCACAGGCCACCACAAGCGUGCCAGGUCUCUAUGCCAACAUCAUCACUCGCUACAAGGCUACUCUGUGCUUGGGGGAUUACCCGGCGCUGAAGCUCGUUGCCUACAACUACCAGACCGAACCGUUUGCGACCAGGAACUUUCAGAAGAAAUAUCCGGUGGAUUUCUCGUCUAUAAAGUUGAUGAUGAUCGAUGCUUUGGUGGUUGACUCGGAGUUCCACGAAAUCUUGGCGGACCGAUGGUUGAAGCCCCUUGGUAAUCAGAGGGCACGAGACGCUGUGGCUCCUAUGUUGUGUUUGCCGGAGCAUGGAGGGAUGGUCAUUGCGAUGCGCGAUUGGGUUGGUGGCGAGGAGAGGAUGGGAUUUCCCCUUUCCAAGCCGCAGGAGGAGGAAGAGACGAUUGAGCCUGAGAGUCCCGUCGACCCGAAAACAAGUAUACUCGGGAAUGGAUACUCGUCGUUGCUAUCCAAUCCCAAAGUUCCUGGCACUAAAGAGAAGAAGCCUCCCGAGAUCAUGGAGGUUUUAUUGGAGAGAGAAGCACUCAAAAUGAAUGACAUCGUUGUCGUAGCGAUGGGAGAAGAGGUUGAGAAGAGAGGAGAGGAUGAGACCGCGCUUAGAGUGGGGGCAUUUGGUUAUCCUAUACCGGAUGCCACGCUUGCUAUCGUGGACCCGGAAACCUCGCUCCUUUGCGCUCAGAACACGGUGGGCGAGAUUUGGGUGGAUUCUCCGUCACUUUCCGGUGGAUUUUGGGCGGCGCCGAAGCAGACCGAGACUAUCUUUCACGCGAGGCCAUAUCGCUUUGAGGAAUACAACCCGCACCCCGUACCGGUGGAGCCGGAAUUUCUGCGGACAGGGCUGUUGGGAUGCGUUAUUGAGGGGAAGAUCUUCGUGCUCGGCCUCUAUGAAGACCGACUACGGCAGCGAGUGGAGUGGGUGGAUGGGGAGCAAGCCGAGCAGCGGGAAGAAUACCGAUACUUCUUCGUGCAGCAUCUCGUCGUCACGCUCAUGAAAAAGAUGUCGAAACUCUACGAUUGUUCGGCCUUUGACGUGUGCGUCAAUGAUGAACAUCUUCCGAUAAUCCUAUUAGAAUCACACGCUGCAUCGACUGCACCCACGGCCGCUGGUGGGGCAGCGAGACAAUUGGAUAUUGCUCUUCUGGACUCGCUUUCGGAGCGAUGCAUGGAGGUACUCCUGACAGAACAUCAACUCCGAGUAUAUUGUGUUAUGAUUACAGCACCCAGCAGUCUUCCGCGAGUCGUCAAGAAUGGUCGCCGGGAGAUCGGAAAUAUGCUCUGCCGAAAGGAGUUUGAUAGCGGCACCCUGCCCUGUGUCCAUGUCGAGUUCGGAGUCGAGCGGGCAGUCCGCAAUCUGCCAGUCGGUAUCGACCCGGUAGGAGGCAUCUGGUCCUACCAUUCCACCCGAGCACGGCAGGAGCUUCUGGCCAAUCAGGAAAAACAAUACUCGGGCGUGGAUUACCGGGUGGUGGUUAUUGACGACCGUACCUCAACGCCGCUCAGUAAUUUCACAUCGAUAGUUGACCUUCUACAAUGGCGGGUGUCCCGUCAAGCCGAGGAACUGUCUUACUGCACUAUUGACGGGCGAGGCCGGGAAGGAAAAGGCAUCACAUGGAAGAAGCUAGAUCUCAAGAUCGCAGCAGUCGCAACCCAGCUGAAAAAUAAAUGUAGCCUGAGGGCAGGUGAUCACGCGAUCCUCAUCUACACGCAUUCGGAAGACUUCCUCUUUGCUCUUCACGCUUGCUUCUGUUUGGGCGUUAUUGCGAUUCCCCUUGCGCCAUUGGACUCGAACCGACUCGCUGAAGAUAUUCCUGCAUUCCUACACAUGGUCGCGGACUUCAACGUCAAGUGUGUCCUGGUCAAUACCGAGGUCGAAACACUCCUGAAGGGAAAGCCUUUGGCCAUACAUCUCAAGCAAUCCGCGGGCGUGCUCAACGUCAAGGUUCCAAUCGUCCAUAACACGGCGAAAAUACCAAAGAGCUCACAGGGCUGUCGCGACUUGGGGUACACAGUUAACCCGGCAUGGAUCCAACCGGGGAGCGUGGCGAUGGUUUGGACGUACUGGACUCCAGACCAGCGGAGGAUUAGUGUUGCCUUGGGACACGAGACCAUCAUGGGUAUCUGCAAGGUCAUGAAGGAGACUUGCCAGAUGACCAGUAUGAGGCCGGUUAUUGCGUGUGUACGGAGUACAUCUGGAAUGGGAUUCGUUAUGAGUUGGUUGAUGGGUAUCUUCAUUGGUGCACCGACCUACUUGAUUUCUCCCAUCGACUUUGCCCAGAAUCCAAUGAGUGUAUUCCUGACACUCUCGCGGUACAAGAUCAAGGAUACCUAUGCUACGCGACAGAUGUUGGAACACGCAAUCAGCACUAUGCCGGCAAAGGGAUUCACUCUACAUGAGUUGAGGAAUCUGAUGAUUACAUGCGAGGGACGUCCACGGCCGGAUGUAUUUCAAAAAGUCCGGAUGCACUUCGCGGCAGCAGGUCUUGACAGAACGGCCAUUAAUACGGUCUACUCUCACGUCCUCAACCCGAUGAUUGCCACCCGGAGUUACAUGAACAUCGAACCAAUUGAGCUGUGGCUUGAUCCCAAAGCCCUGCGCCGUGGUCUCGUAAUCCCCGUGGAACCUGAUAGCAUGCCAGGUACCCUUCUCGUCCAGGAUUCCGGCAUGGUCCCCGUCCAGACGCAAGUAGCCAUCGUCAACCCCGAAACCCGCCGGCUCUGUCACACGGGCGAGUAUGGCGAGAUCUGGGUCGUGUCUGAGGCUUGUGUUCAGAGCUUCUACAACUCUAAGGAUUCGAUCGAUAUUGAGCGUUUCCAGGGGAAGAUCGCUGAUGGCGAUAUGACCCUUUACGUCCGCACUGGAGACCUUGGAUUCCUACACACCGUUUCUAGGCCAAUCGGACCGGGACAGACCUUGGUUGAGAUGCAGAUUCUGUUCGUCCUCGGUGGCAUCGGUGAUACGAUCGAAGUCAACGGCUUGCAGCAUUUCCCUAUCGAUAUCGAGAGCAGUAUUGAGCGGUGCCAUCGGAAUAUCGUUCCCAGUGGGAGCGCCUGCUUUCAAGCCGGGGGACUCGUCGUCAUCCUAGUAGAGGUCCACGUCAAGUCCUACCUCGCGUCGAUGGUGCCUGUGAUUGUCAACACCAUCCUAGACCAACACCAACUUGUCGUCGACAUCGUCGCCUUUGUCAGCAAGGGCGACUUCCCACGUUCUCGUCUCGGGGAGAAGCAGCGCGGAAAGAUUCUCGCAUCGUGGGUAACCCGAAAGAUGCGAACAAUCGCACAGUUUGGAAUUAGAGACACCCACGGCAGCGGCGGCGGCAUGGGCGGCUUCGGCCUCGGUGGUGCAGGCAGUAGACCCGCCAGCUUCCUCCACAGUCCGCACCCUCACCCUUCGUCAAUGAUUAGCGAGCCGAUCAUGGAAACACCCACUGUCGAGAGCAGCAGUGGCAGCACACCCACGCAAUCCCUCGACUCCCAGCCGCCAUCGUUGGACGCCGUCGAGCUCCCGGCAGGCACGACAUGGCAGAGGAUAGAGCUUCCGGCUAUGAACUUUGAGGAUGAUCCUGAUCUCAUCACGCCCACACCACGCACUUAUGCAGAACCACAGGAGUAUUCCGAGGCCACGCCGGUUCUCCCGCCAAAGAACCCGAGGAGAAUGAGUACCGCGCAGAAGAGCACUGUUAGUAGCGGUAGCAAUGCCGAGUAUCCUACCGAGGCCCUGCUACAGAUGAAGCUGGACGAGGAGAGCAGGGAGGGACAGGGGGACAGGUUGCCGGGUGCGCAUGGAGCGGGAUGGGGGAUGGCGAUGUAGGAAGAUUGGGAUACCUAGAUUUUCGUUUCUUUUCAGUUUUUUGUUUUGUUUUUGCGUGGGGCGGCGGAUGAUUGUUUGCAGGCGUAGGUAUUCGUUACUUUUGUUGAUUCCUUUUUUCUUUGAGUGGCAGUGGGUCUGGCAUGUCCGAGUACCUUGAGUACCUUUCGAUGAUACAUACAUAUGUUGGCGAAGCGGAGCGUGUUUGUUGGGGGGCAUCAUAUGGUAUCCGGAGAAGUUAUUGCUUGCUGCAAGCAGUGGACAAUAGGGGCGACGUGAUUUCAAACAUGUGAUAUCACUCCGCAUUUGUCGCUCUGCCACUGUACUUUCGAUCGUACAUGGGUUGAUUAAACAAAAAACAAAUCAUAGAUUCGAU